CUUCGCGCCUAGUUUGAAAAGGUGGAGAAGAUUGUAUUCCACUCUAUCUUGCACCCCCAUCUCCAUCUCUCUUUCCUGCUUUCAAUAUGUAUCCCCCGUCUCUAUCUCUCCCUCUCUCCUUCUCGACUAUUGCGACGGGGGACGGGCGGAUGUUCUGGGUUGUAGGAAAAUAUCUGCUCAGAGGUGGUAUGCCAGCCAAUCAGAAGCGCCAAUUUGUGCACGUUCUUCCUUUCGCGCUAGCUGGACUGUCUGCAUCGCUAUGCAUCUGUCCACUCCAGAGGAAAUCCUCCGACGCCGGAACUGGUCAAAUACUAGCUAUAGAGAAAGAACAGUCACUAUCUGUCAUCGUCGUCUGCCCUGCGUCAAGUGAAUAGAAGAAU